GGUUAAUUUAGCGCUGAGUUGGGGAGCGUCAGGGCGCACACAGUGGACUAGUUGUGCCGAUCACUCCCGCAGAGGCGAUGCCCUUUUGUGGAGAGGUCUCUUGUCACACAGAGGACAGACGGCAUACACAAUUGGGACACAGGGACACAAAGAGAAGAACUGCGUUUUAAAAGGCGCCAUUCUUCCCCCGCUACCGCUGGGUGUUGACUGUGGGUGUUUGAGACGAUCUUUGUUGCCCAGAGAAAAGUAGAGAAGAAGAAUACGCGCCGUGAACGGGCUGGGGGGAAUUUUAUGGACAGGGUUACUACAGUGCAGCCGAUGCUGUCAUCCACACCACCUCAGUGUCUUUUCCCGGAGCGACUACUCUGGUUUUGGAUGAGGAGCGGAACUUUUACGCAUUGUUUUACGCACUGAUUGUACGAGUCGCGACGGAACAGGACACUGUCAUGAUGAACUUUCUCUCCACGGUACCUGCGGGUUAGCGGUUUGAGUUCACGAACUCUAAGAAGCAAGAAGUUGUUUUGUGGAUUUCUGCCUGAAGGAUGCCAGUUGAUAAAUUCGCAAACAUGGAGGAAAAACUGUGGAUAUUGGAGGACCUCAACAUGAUGUACAUCCGUCAGAUUGCACUUAGCUUACAGGACAGCGACAUCCAGAAGAAGAUCGACCAUGAGAUCCGGAUGCGCGACGGGGCCUGCAAGCUGCUGGCCGCCUGCUCCCAGAAAGACCAGGCGCUGGAGGCGGCAAAGAGCCUGCAGACCUGUAGCACUCGCAUCAUGGCCUACAUGUCGGAGCUGCAGAGGAUGAAGGAGGCUCAGGUCAUGCAGAAGGUCACGCGGAGGUCGUCGGACGCCGGGCCGAUGGACGACAGGCUCCCGUGCAAAGGAAAAGUGGCCAUUUCAGAUCUUCGGAUCCCUCUCAUGUGGAAAGACACAGAGUACUUCAAGAACAAAGGAGAGCUGCACCGGUGUGCAGUGUUCUGCCUGCUACAGCUGGGAGGAGAGAUCUUCGACACAGACAUGGUGAUAGUGGACCGGACGCUCACCGAUAUUUGCUUUGACAACACCAUCGUAUUCAAUGAAGCCAGUCCGGGUUUUGAGCUGCGUGUUGAGCUGUACAGCUGCUGCUCGGAGGACGACUACUCAGCAGGGAGCACGCCAAGGAAACUAGCCAGUAAACUGAGCUCCUCACUGGGGCGAUCAGCUGGGAAAAAGCUCCGGGCAGCCAUAGAGCCUGGACCGUGUAGUCCUGUUAGCAAUGGAGGGUCAGCUCCUCUUCUGCUGCCAGUUCCCUCUGUACCGGGCCCGAAGUACCACCUCUUAGCUCAUACCACCCUGACGCUGUCACACAUCCAGGACAGCUUUCGCACGCAUGACCUCACCAUCUCAGGCAACGAAGAGUGUUCUUAUUGGCUGCCGCUCUAUGGCAGUAUGUGUUGCCGCCUCGCAGCUCAGCCUCACUGUAUGACCCAACAGAUGAUGAGUGGAUGCUUGAAAGUUAAGCAGUUGGGCGGUGACCCUCAGAGUUGGACAGAAGUGCAUGCCGUUCUGAAAGGAACAAGCCUUUUCUGCUACCACCGGCAACAAGAUGUAGAGGCUAAUGUUGAGCCAGCUUUCACUAUUGCCAUCAACAAGGAGACCAGAAUACGUGCGUCGGAGAAAGACCCUCACAGCAAAGUUCAGAAUAUCUGUAUCAGUAACCAGUACGGCGGCGAGGAGGUCACACACACGCUGACCACAGACAGCCGCGAGGACACACACCGGUGGAUGGAGGCCUUUUGGCAACAUUUCUAUGACAUGAGCCAAUGGAAGCACUGCUGUGACGACUUAAUGAAAAUUGAGCUGCCGUCACCAAGGAAACCGGCUCCUGUCCCACCAAAGCAGGGUUCACUCUAUCACGAAAUGGUUAUUGAAUCGUCUGAUGACCUCAGCAGCACCGUGUCAGACAUCCUGGCUCGGAGGAUGCAGGAGCUGGAGCUCCGCAGCCAGCUGGGCACCUCCCCCACCUGGAUGUCUGUGUUUGACGAGAGCAACCCAAAAGGCGCUGGCCGCCCCCGUCCCUGUACCUCCCGCCUUUCUGGCCACAGCCCCUGCACCCCCCAUCGACUGCCCCGGAGCCCCGUGAGCCCCCACCGCUGUCCACAGCUGGGUCUGCUGUCGUCAGAUGCAAGCCUGACCUCAGACAGCGACAGCCACUGCAGCACCAGUCCCUGCUCUCAGCGCCAUGGCUGGCCCGAGCCUUCUUCAAACUUCUCCCUCCUGUCAUCAUCCCCCUCCCGUCUGAGGCCCCGCACUUUGUCGCUGGAUGCGAAGCUCAGCACCCUUCGAGGGAGGGGGUACGGAGGAGGAGGGACCUUCCAGUGCCCCUGCCAGCCUCCUCCCUCCUCGCUGCUCGCCCCGCUCCCCAUCUCCUCCCGAUCGCCGCGGUCGCAGCGCAGCACGCAGACCACGCUCUCCUGCUCCAGCUCCACCUCCAGCAACAGCUCCAGCAACAGUGAGGGCAGCCACAGCCCCGAGUCAUCUGAGGGAGCCCCCUUCUCAAGGCCCUCCCCGGCUCGCCGCAGCCUCAGGAACCUCAGGGCCAGACUAGAUCCUCGCAACUGGCUCCAAAGUCAGGUGUGAACUUGCGUCGCCUGACAGACAUUUUACACUGGCUUAAAGGCACCAGUGCUCAUUAAACCAUGAUGUAACUGGCUUAACAUAUGUGAACCGACCUCAGGCAACCUGCUGCGCCACAUGCACAGCCCUGAGGAGGAUAAGCUGCCUCUAGCCUGCCUCCUGGCGGAGGACGGAUCAUGGAAGACCCUCCUGGGGCAAACUGGAAUGUCUUCUAACACAAAAGACAGGUGACAAUCACUGCAGGCGACUCUGCACUUUGCUGGGUUGCCCCAAUUUUGAAGCUGUUCCAAAACUGAAUGGGAGGUACUCUGCUUUGCUUUGAAAAAAUCAUGGUCGUGCUGCUUGGGAGAACGUGAUACUAAAGGCCUACUGUCUGUCCUUGGACUCUAAUUCUGAUAUUAGAAAAGGUUUUGUUUUGUCCUCUGCAUCAGCCAUCCCGCCCACAAAAAAAAUCAUUAUUUCAAGGUCAUCUCCAUUAAUGCACUAGCAGUUUUUUGACUGGAUGUUUCCUAUCUGUAUUUUAUAAAUAAAGGUUUGCGGUGUUUAUGCUAUGAAAGCCAGUGAGCAUGUGGCCAGACGAACAUCCAAGAUAAGGUAUAACCGAGAAGAUUCAAAUGUUAGAAACUGUUAAGUGUGGAGCGAAGGGUCGGUGUCUGUUGCCUGUACUGUGAUCUACUUCAGUGUACGUAUCUAAAUAUUCAUACAACAGAUUAUCUUUGUGGUUCUCCUAAAAUUACUAUGCACCAUUUUGUUUUUUGCAUGAUUUGACUUACAGUUAAAAUGUCGUACUACUUGAGAUCAUUUCAACAAUGAACCUGGUGAAAGUUUAACUUUAUGCAAGUGCUCAUACUUACUGUACUGGUUAUUACUGUGAUCUCUUCAGGGUAAAAAUCUGAGCUCUGGUCUUAAUUCUGACACAUUUAUCUGCACACUAUUGAAAGGCUGUCGUCAGAACUGGGUAACAGAUCCACACACACAGAACAAACCCGAGAAUAAACUGAAAUUAACCAAAGCUUAAGUAUUAUUCAAAACCCAAGCCAUACUUUAAGUUCUGCUACACUGCCUCACUGCAGUAUUGAGGAAUAUUAAGAAUAGUCCCUGAUUAUUAUUGAAUUUCCAAUAAAAUGUGAAACCUCCACCAAUUAAAUAUUAUGCAACGUUUCUUAGACAAUACUUUAUGGUGGCUGUAUUCAAGGCAACUUAAGAGUACUUACAUGAAACUCCAGUCAACCAUUAGGUCAUGAUAGUGAGAGCAAGAAUAAAAUGCUUUGUUUACACUGCCACCUGUUUUUAUUAUUAUUAUUAUGUAAGUUAUUAUCAUUGACACAACUCUCAGCAGUAGAAUCAUCUGACUGAAGGCGUCCAUGUGAAAACAAAUCUUAUAGGAGAGUCGUGUCUCUGUCAGUGCAGUAAAGCCUCUUCUUCUCUCUUUCUUGUUUACUGUGGAUUUUACUUUGGUAACCGUCUCCUCAGAACUCGGGCAACCAUUUUUACUAAGAAUUAAAACUGUCAAAUGUUUGAAAAAGAAGCAUUUGUUCCUGUAAAUUAAUUUUUAUAAGUUAACAAAUAAACCUCUCUUUGUCUUUUGUUACAUUAUUGAUUUUGUUAUAAAUGCAGCUAUAUUGAUACCUGAUUAUCAUAGUGUUAACAGAUGAUGUGCAGAUCUUUAACUGUUAUGAAUAGAUAACAUUGAAUGUUAUAACCUUGCAAGAGUUCCCCGUGUUAGCAGGCUUUGUGUUCUGCAUGUGUGCCGUCCUAGAAGGCGAACAUAAAAUAAGAAAUGUGGAAAUCUCAUGUUUAAAUAAUAUAACAUUAAAUAUAAUAAAUGUUUU